AUGCAUUUUCUAGCUCUGUCGGCGCUCGUCGGCGCAGCCUUCGCUCAGAAGAGAGGCUUCAAUUAUGGUGCUACGACAAGUGCUGGUGCUGCCCGUGUGCAGCAGGACUUUGAGAAUGAGUUCAACCGCGCCAAGAACCUCCAGGGCCAGUCGGGCUUCACCUCUGCCCGCCUGUACACCAUGAUCCAGGGUGGCACCGUAAAUACCGCCACCGAGGCCAUCCCAGCUGCCAUCGACACUCAGACGACUUUGCUGCUCGGUCUGUGGGGCAGCGCUGGUCAGGCCGCCUUCGACCAGGAGCUUACUGCUCUGAGCAACGCCAUCAAGCAGUACGGCUCUGCCUUUACCAACCUGAUCGACGGUAUCUCGAUCGGCUCGGAAGAUCUCUACCGCAUCACGCCAACCGGCAUUGAGAACAACAGCGGCGUCGGCGCUGGUCCGGACGUGUUGGUCAGCUACAUCAGCCAGGUCCGCGAUCUCAUCAAGGGAACUGCUGCGAGCGGCGCAAAGAUUGGACACGUCGACACAUGGACCGCGUGGGUGAAUGGCAGCAACACCGCCGUCAUCAACGCUGUCGAUUGGCUGGGAAUGGACGGCUACCCCUACUACCAGACUACUCUGGCUAACGGUAUCGAGAACGCCGCAGAGCUGUUCUUCGACAGCUACAAUGCCACCGUCAACGUUGCUGGAGGCAAGCCAGUCUGGAUCACUGAGACCGGCUGGCCAUACCAAGGCCCACAAGCCGGCCAAGCCGUCGCAUCCGUCCAGAACGCCGAGACCUACUGGCAGGCUGUUGCUUGCAGGAUUCUUGGAAACAUCAACACUUGGUGGUUCACUCUCAACGACCCAGAGGCGUCUGGAGACGUCUCCUUCUCUGUCGUUGGACCAAACUUGAACGACGCCCCCCUGUACAACUUGGCCUGCAGCGGCAGCAGCAGCAGCAGCCGGUCUUCUACGUCCAGCAGCUCGGCCAAGCCGUCCAGCACUGCCGCCGCUCCUACGAUGCCAGCGGUCUCUUCCGGCGCCGAGUCUUUCACCAUCAACACUAAGCCAAACUCCGAGUCUGCACCAGCCACUGUAACCGGCGUCAGUGCGCAGCCCACUGGCGCCCAGUCUCAGCCAGCCGGAUCCAGCACCGCCGCCCCCUCUAGCUCUGCUCCCGCUGGUUAUAGUGGAUCUGCUUCGGCUGGUGUCCAAGGUGGUGAGACUCACACCGUCUACCAAACCACCAUGAUCACUGUCUCUGCUUGCUCAGCUUCAUACCCUCCAAGCAGCUCUGCACCAGCUCCAAGCAGCUCCGCGCCAGCCCCUAGCAGCUCCGCACCAGCACCUAGCAGCUCCGCCCCGGCUUCCAGCAAGUCAGCGCCAGCUCCAUCGUCCUCUAGCAGCGGCUCCAAGUCCUGCCCAACCACUCUCACCGGCGACUACCAGUACCCUCAUCUGAUCGUACCCGUCUCUUCCAGCUCUCCUGACAAGGCAUACGGAACCUCCUACAACGGCACAAUCACUCCCACCGAGUCCACCAUCUUCAACUUCGAUAUACCAGCUUCCUACGCCGGCAAGACCUGCAGCCUCGUCUUCCUCUUCCCCAACCAGAAGGAUCUGCAGACCAGCGCAUACUCUUUCAACGGCAAGGGUGGAUUGAAGAUCGAGGAGCUCUCUGGACCCGCCGAUGCCGGCACGACUUACGCCAACGCGCCAAAGGCCGCUGGUGUCACCGCCUCCAUCACGAGCUUGGUGCCCGGUAACAGCUACACUGUCUUCAGCCACGCCUGCGGAGCCGGACAGCGCGUCGCGUUUGAGUUUGAGAGCACGGGUGGUCUGGAAUUGAACUUUUUCGAGGACUACAACCCGAGCCCUCUCGGUGCCUACAUUACUGCCUGCUAG